GCUGGCGCGCGGCGCCGACACCUGGAGGUCCUCGGGGCUCGGGCCCCUUCCCCGGGAAUUGGCCCCUGGCGGGGCGGGUGUUGCCGGGAGGCGGAGGGCUGCUCGGUCGCGAGUGCCGUGGUGAUCGCCGGCAUGUGGCUUUGGCCAAAUUGGGCGAGGGCACAAAAUAACCACUUACCCCUUCUCACCGAGGAAGAACGGGAGAAAGGGUAUGGCACAGUCACAAGGCUGGGUGAAAAGAUACUUCAGAGCCUUUUGUAAAGGCUUUUUUGUGGCGGUGCCUGUGGCAGUGACUUUCCUGGAUCGGGUCGCCUGUGUGGCAAGAGUGGAAGGAGCAUCAAUGCAGCCUUCUUUGAAUCCUGGGGGUAGCCAGUCAUCUGAUGUGGUGCUUUUGAAUCACUGGAAAGUGAGGAAUUUUGAAGUACAACGUGGUGACAUUGUGUCAUUGGUGUCCCCUAAAAACCCAGAACAGAAGAUCAUUAAGAGAGUGAUUGCUCUUGAAGGAGAUAUUGUAAAAACUAUAGGACACAAAAACCGGUAUGUCAAAGUACCCCGUGGUCAUAUCUGGGUUGAAGGUGAUCAUCAUGGACACAGUUUUGACAGUAAUUCUUUUGGUCCGGUUUCCCUGGGACUUCUCCAUGCCCAUGCUACACAUAUCCUGUGGCCUCCAGAGCGCUGGCAGAAAUUGGAAUCUGUUCUUCCUCCAGAGCGCUUGCCAGUUCAGAGUGAAAAGGAAUCACUGCAUGGGUCUCCCUGAGCUGCUGACAUUGGAAGGAUGCCACCACCAGUCACCGGCAGAGGGAUGGAGAAGAGGAACCUCCGAAAAGGGCAAAGCUUCCAGCAAAAUGCUGCUGUGCAAGAAUAUUUCUAUUACAUUAAGAUCUGUAUUAUUAAAGAAAGAGUUUUAAAAAUUUAAACAGUAUUAAAUAGCACCUGAUUUUGUGAUACAUUGUAAUACCCUACUGUUUAACGCCCAAAAAAAUUCACAUCUUUGGGAAUAUGAAAAUUUUAUUCCCAUAUGUUUUAUAGGGAAUAAAUUUGAGAUUGUUAUGCAUACUUA